GUCACAUGCCUAGUAUCAUCACCAUUCUUAUCUGAAUUAUGCAUCUACUGUGUACUCAUGGAGUCAUACCUCUUACUUUUAACAAAGUACCCUACUCCGUGCUGUAUGAGGUACUAUACAGCCGACACUACUGUGCCCGAAACAGGCAAAAACGACCAUCAAUAAUGCUCUCUCCCUCAGCCCCAGGCGCCAGGUCCCAUGUCUAUGUCUUGUUUGGCUCUAUUCCUGUUCUCCCAUACGCGUUAAUGUUCCUUAUCGUAACCAUCUUACCCUCCCUUAUGCUCCUUUACCGAGGACCAUUAUGCUCCACCUCUGCAGGCACUCCCCUCCUUCUAUCCCGAGCCCUACUGAGAUGAGCCGAGCGCAUGAAGACGGAAGACAAAGGUCGGCAGGCAAGAAAUGAUUGACAAGACGCGAAAG